AUGGAUAUCAGUUCAUUGAUAUAUAAAUCAUCGCAACAAUCAAGUACAAUUUCAACAUUCCGUAAUCCUUUUCCUCGCAGACCUUGGCUUACUGAUCAUGGAGCUGCAGCGGCUGUCAGUAAUAGCGGUAUUAAAGGAAUCGUAGCUGGAGGCAUUACCGGCGGUAUAGAAAUAUGUAUUACUUAUCCAACUGAAUAUGUAAAAACACAGUUACAACUUGAUGGAAAAACUGGAUCUGGUAAAGAAUAUUCAGGAAUAUGGGAUUGUGUGAGAAAAACUAUAAAAAAUCGUGGAUUCUUUGGUCUAUAUAGGGGUCUUUCAGUAUUACUUUAUGGUUCAAUACCAAAAUCAGGUGUACGUUUUGGUUCCUUUGAAAAAGUAAAAGAAAUAUUAGCAGAUUCAAAUGGAAAACUUACUACACAAAGAAGUUUUAUAGCAGGAUUAUGUGCUGGUGCAUCUGAAGCUAUUUUUGCAGUUACUCCUAUGGAAACUAUUAAAGUAAAGUUCAUAAAUGAUCAACGAUCUGCUAAUCCAAGAUACAGAGGAUUCUUUCAUGGAGUACAAAUGAUUGUUAAAGAAUAUGGAUUUAGAGGUGUAUAUCAAGGAGUAACACCUACAAUUUUAAAACAAGGAUCAAACCAAGCAAUUAGAUUUUGCACUAUGGAAACAUUAAAAGAUUGGUAUAAAGAUGGAAACAAAGAUGUAGUUAUACCAAAAGUAGUUACUGGAUUUUUUGGUGCAUGUGCUGGGGCAUUAUCUGUUUUUGGAAAUACUCCAAUUGAUGUUGUAAAAACUAGAAUGCAGGGCUUAGAAGCUUCAAAAUACAAGAAUAGUAUAGAUUGUAUGAAACAAAUAUGGAUUAAUGAAGGUCCAAUGGCAUUUUAUAAAGGAACUGUUCCAAGAUUGAGCAGAGUAUGUUUAGAUGUUGCUAUAACAUUUAUGAUUUACGAUUCCUUUAAGGAAAUUUUUGAUCGACUUUGGCCUUGA